UGUUGCAAAGUUGAAAGUUCAGUAUGUCGAAAGUUUAUCCAACUGAGAACAAACAUAAUGAUUUGAUUAUGUCGAAAGGGAAAGUACUGGAGGAGGAAGAAGAUGAUGUACAUGAACGACGUCGUCCAAGUAUACUGACGGUAUGGAAGAGAUCCAGCAUGAGUUUCCAAGGGACUGACGGAUUCACAGUGUUUGAUCAUUACGGCAGACUGGUUUUCAGAGUUGAUAAUUAUUCCAGAAGUAAAGCUUCUGGUCUUGUUCUCAUGGAUGGUGCUGGGAAUUGUUUGUUAUCUCUGAAACCCCAGAUGUUGAGCCUGCAACACCAGUGGAAUGCAUACAGAGAAGAAGAAGAAGAAGGAGACGACCAUGGGAAGAGAUCGAGAGUGUUUUCAAUGAUGAGAAGGUCGCCGGUUUUCUUCAACAACGGCAAGGAUGAAGCGGAGGUUUACAUGGGGAGAAAUAACAAACAAGCUCAAUUGAAUAAGCCUGAUUUCACCAUUGAGGGCUCUUUCAGGACUCGAAAUUGCAAGAUCAAGAAUGCAAAUGGGGAAGUGGUAGCCAGCAUCGCUCGGAAGAGAGUCAACUCAACGAUUCUACUUAGCGACGACGUCUUCAGCCUGGUUGUUCAGCCUGGUUUUCCAACUCACCUGGUUAUGGCGUUUGUAAUAAUACUGGAUCGCAUUUGCAGCAAGAUCUUUGCUCCAGUUCUGUGUUCUUGAUUUAGACUUCUUCCCUUCCAUUCCUUGUACAAAAAUCACUCAAAAUGGCCAACAGUUUCUAGUUUUAUAAAGGUUUUAUACCAAU